AUGGACCAAAAGCGCCUCGGGAUUCUCAUUUUUCUUUGCUUAUUCUCUUCAACUAAAUGUUUUGUUGAUGUGAACCGUCGCGUUGAUUGUUUCCCCGAUCUGGGCGCCUCUCAAGCCGCGUGUACACAACGGGGAUGCUCUUGGGAUGCGGCACCGAAUGGAUCACCCACCGGCACUCCUUAUUGCUAUUAUCCGACAAAUACGGGGUACGCUGUGAGCAGCAAUGAUGGAAAAGAGAAUAUUCAGCUAACGAAACAAGGAGGACCUGCUAAUCCCUAUGGAGCCGAUAUCUCUCCGCUUACGUUCAAAACGAGUAAAGUUGGAAACGUUUUGGAGAUCUCGAUUGGGACAACGGGACGGUACACCCCGCCACUCAAUCUCCCCAAACAACCACCAUCAAAUCAAGCUGAAACACUAAACUUUCAGGUAACAUCGAACAACACAUUUUCUUUCAAAGUCACCCGUCAAUCGACUGGCCGAGCUCUUUGGGAUACAUCUAUUGGUGGAUUAUUAUUUGCUGACAAGUACAUUCAAAUCGCUACCCUUCUUCCGUCGGAUCGCAUUUUCGGCUUUGGAGAACAUGUGCACAAAAAGAUGAAGCACGAUAUGACAAGGUACACAACAUGGCCGAUGUUUGCAAGAGAUAUCGGUCCAGACAGUGGCUCAGCUCUCUCCACGCAGAAUCUGUACGGAACGCAGCCAUUUUAUCUUUGUGUUGAACCGGACGGUAAAGCCCACGGUGUGCUCAUCAUCAACAGCAAUGCACAAGAAGUCACCCUCGGUCCAGCUCCACAUCUCAUUUAUCGAACGAUUGGCGGGCAGCUGGAUCUCGCUUUCUUCCCUGGCCCAAAACCCGAAGAUGUUAUUCAAGGUUUCUUGGCUUACAUCGGUCGACCUUUCCUGCCCGCUUAUUGGGCACUUGGAUAUCAGUUGUGUCGUUGGGGCUACAAAAAUCUCGCUGAUAUGCAAGCGGUGAUCACAAGAAAUCAGGCAGCUGGAAUCCCCCUUGAUGUUCCUUAUGCGGAUAUCGAUUAUAUGAGUCAUUAUGAGGAUUUCACUGAAGGAGAUGACUGGUCUGGUUUCCCGGCCUACGCGCAGCAACUCCAUUCUCAAGGCCUUCAUUUGAUUUUGAUCUUCGAUCCGGCCAUUGAAGUCGAUUAUAGCUCUUUCCAGAGAGGAAUCGAUCAGAAUGCUUCCUUCAUCGAAUGGCCGAGAUUUGACCUAGUGCCCCGUCAAAUCCAGGAUCAAUAUCCAAUGGCAAAAAGCACAAAGAUUAUGCUAGGAAAUGUGUGGCCAGAGCGAAACACAGCUUUCCCCGAUUUCCUGGACACAACCGGCAAAACGGAUGCCUGGUGGGCUGGCGAGUUUGCCCGAUUCCAUAAUAUUACGCCAUUCGAUGGAAUGUGGAUUGAUAUGAACGAGCCGUCGAACUUUGAUACAAAUGUCUAUUCAUCGAAUCGAGUACACGGCGAAGCGCCGACCGGGGACAAAUUGGCGUGCCCAAUUUCGGGAGAAGACGGAAAACUCGACAAUCCACCAUAUCAAACACAAGCUGUUUACAUGCAUCCUGGAGAGAAUCUGUGCUCGAAGACGCUUUGUAUGAAUGCAAAGACGCAACGAGGAACUCAAGAUUUCUACAAUACAAAGAAUCUUUAUGGCUGGUCCGAGGCUCGAUCCACGUAUGCGGCUUUGAAAUCGGCGACGGGGAAACGAGGAGCUGUCAUUUCUAGAUCAACCUUCAUCUCCUCUGGUCGAUAUAGUGGACAUUGGUUGGGCGAUAACACUGCAAGAUGGGAAGAUUUGCAAACAUCCGUUAUCGGAGCGAUGGAGUUCAACAUGUUCGGCAUCCCGUACGUCGGCUCGGAUAUUUGCGGAUUCAAUGGUCCAACAACCGAAGAACUCUGUCUCCGAUGGCAUCAAAUGGGCGCUUUCCACUCGUUCUCGCGAAAUCACAAUACGCAGGCAAAGCUUUCAAUCAUAAACAGUUUAUAUAUAAAGUUUAAGGGAGACCCAGCACAAGACCCAGCUGUGUGGCCAUCGGUGGCUCAAGCGGCCAAGCAGGCUCUCACUUUCCGCUAUCAAUAUCUUCCAUACUUAUACAGCCUCCACUACCGUGCUUCUCUCACCGGCUCAACGGUCGUCCGUCCGCUUUUCUUCGAGUUUCCCAUCGACUCCGAGAUCUUUUCCAUUGAUCGACAAUUUUUGUGGGGUUCUGCAUUGAUGAUUGCACCGGCACUUGAUCCGGGAGUCACCACCGUGCGCGCUUAUUUCCCAGCUGAUCGCUGGUAUUCGCUUCAAGAUGAAACAUAUGGAAAUCAGAUGCCAGUUGGAUACAACACAGUCAACGCUGCCACCACUUCGUUGACGCCCGUCUUUGUGAGAGGUGGCUCAAUUCUUCCCCGACAGACGCCAACAACGACAACGACUUCGUCACGGCAAAAUCCCUUUGAAAUGCUCAUCGCCGUUGCCGCAAAUGCUCAGCCAUCAUUUGGAGAGUUAUUCUACGAUGAUGGAGUCACUCUUUUUGAUGAUAUCACAAAGAAUCCCCAUUUCUCGUUCAAUUUCAACUAUUCAACGGGUGACACAGCCGCCAAGUUGACGUUUGUCACCAAUGACAAAAUGGAUUUGACCCUCCCGACUUUGGACAUUAUCGAGAUCUUCGGAUAUGAGUAUUACCCGGACUUCAACUCGUUCAUAUGGAAUGGAAAAUCGAUUAACGUCAACGUGCAGACCUCAACGUAUUACCCGCUCAGAAAAAUGUUGUACAUAAAAACGAAGGGUUUGAUCGAUUUGAAUGAUGUGGCAAGCAGAGCUACAUCAGUUUUGACCUGGUCACAUAGAGUUGUA